CGCAUUUCACCUCAUUGAUGGACAAGGAUCAAGGGAAGAAGAAUCUGCCGUGAAGGACGUAGGAGUGCUGCGCGUCAUCUUUCCAGUGGAUAUCACAGGAUCUGAUCAUGGAAGCCGUUCCAAUGAUAGCCAGUGGCUUAUUUGCGGGCGCAGCCUUAUCAGUCUCCAUCGCUGAGCACCCCGCAAGGCAGGACAUAGAUCCUGAGCAAGCUGUGCGACAGUUCAAGAAGAGCUACAAACAGAUCGCCCCCUUGCAAGCUGGCCUGGCGCUUAUUGCCUCUGGCACUUCUCUGUACCUUGCAUCCAAGAGUGGCGACCAGAGCAGAAAGAUCUAUCUUGCAGCUGGCCUGAGCAUGGCUGCUAUGUUGCCCUACACCGUGAUCUGCAUCUUCCCCACAAACAACAGGCUCAUGUCUGCAGAGAAGAAGGAGGAUGCUGAGGUCAAGCGUCUCUUCGGCAAAUGGGAGAAGCUGCAUGCAGUGCGGACGAUCGUGGGCACUCUCGCUUUUGCUGGCAUCACCAUUGCAGCCUUGCAGAGCUCGAAGAAAUGAUGUGACCGUCACUGCAGUGCAGAGCAAGUAGAGGAAGAGGAAUGCAGACAUCAAGGCAAAGCGAGCACCACAAUGAGAACCAAAUGUAGAAUUUAAGGGCCUCAACAGUCCCAGGCCCCAUGUCAAUUGCCUUGUGUGCAAAUGUCAUUGCCACUGCUACAUCAGAUCUGCUGCGGCUUCAGAGCUGCUCUGGCUGGCGCUUUGGAGCCAAGUUUUGUCUGCAUCAUGAUAAUUUGCAUCAGGUGAAUUAUGUAGUUGUUUCUGAUCGGAAAAUUGUACUAAGGGCUCACAGAGGACUGCCCAGGGCCAACCACGAGGUCCAUGUGCCUCCCUGUACGCAUGGCCUGAAAGCAUGCAGCUCUUGGACUGCCGCAGAUCAAGCUGUAAUAACAAUGAUGAUUCUUGAG